GGUUUGGCUUCUCGCUAAGUCUUAUGUUGACCAUGCCAUCGUAGCAGCGUCGUUCCCGUUGCGGCAACUAGCUCCGCCCCAUCUCCUAGGGACUCCCGGAUUCGAAAUUCUCGGGAGUUAAAGAAUCCUCAUUAUACCUGCCAUCUCUAUAUAGAUCGGCUUAGGGCGAUAGGGCGACGCUAUGGGCCGACGAGAGCGGCUUUGGGCCUUUUAACAUAUAGCGGCCAGCUCCACCGGCGAAACGUGCCCCAUACGUCUUCUGCGAUUUCCCCUUCAAGCCUCCCAACGCCUGAAUUCCAUCGACGGACACACUCAAAUCCGAAAGAAGCUCGACGCGCGAUCUCCUGCUAUGGAUAAUCGUCUAACGAAGCACCCCGACUUCAAACCUAGUUACUGAACGGGCACAGGAGAGGGAGGACAGGACUCACCGACUGGGGACGAUAGGUGGCUGCCUAGCCCGGUAUGGAUGUCGACGAUGGCCUCCCUCAUGACAGGCGCGGCUGUGAGACGAUAGUAGCCGUGUCGCUAUGCAUGUCCUUUGCUACAGUGGCUGUGUGUUUGCGACUCUACGCAAGACAGUUUAUCCUCAGACAGCUAUGGGUGGACGAUUAUCUGGCGAUAGCCGGUAUGAUCGGAAUGAUCGUGAACGGCAUAGUACAAUGCGUCCAAACAGGAUACGGGCUCGGCGACCACAUUUGGGACUUGGGAGACGACGAGCGAGCAAUGACUUUCUGGAAACUCUUUUACACGCAAACUAUCACCUACAGCACCACGCUUAUGUUUAUUAAAUUCAGCUUCUUCUUCCAAUACUAUCGGCUGAUCCAAGACGUCCCGCAUUACCGUGUCUUCUACAUUACCGCAAUGGCCGUGGUCAGUGGCUGGGUCAUUGCGCAAGAGUUCAUCCUCAUAUUUACGUGCACACCCAUCCCGAAGUUUUGGAACUCGGACCUCCCAGGCACAUGCAUGGACGGCAAUCUCAUCGGAUGGAUGAAUGGGGUUGGGAAUAUCGUUACCGACCUGAUCAUACUCGUGCUUCCUAUUCCUGUUGUGUGGAGGUUGAACUUGAAGCGGGGGAGGAGGUGGGCAGUAUUAGGAAUCUUCGCCCUCGGAUUCUUUACUUGCGUCGUGUCGAUAUGCCGCCUCGUCUUCUUCGCGAAGCUCAGCGCGGACUUCACCUACGACCUCGUCGACGUUGCCGCCUGGGGCGAGGCCGAGGCAUCCUCUGGUCUCAUCUGCUCGUCGCUCAUCGCGAUGGGCCCCUUGAUACGCCGAUUUUCCCAUCGCUUCCGAUCAGUAGACAAGGCGUCGGCCACCCCCGGUUAUCCGUUCGCGGGCACGGGCGCCUUUUCGCGGCACACUCUGGACAGAGAUAAGAGUUUGCUGAGAGCUAAUUCGAGUUCUAAGAAGCAAUUCGACGGGAGCGAGACCGAACUCAACCGAAUAGACCCGGAUCAGCAAUUAUCGCGGAAGGAUGAGAUGCACGAUGAUGGAAGUACAAAAUCAUCGGGGUUGGAGCAGUCUACCAGUAGCGAGUACCCAGGGCCGAUGCCCGACCUUCGGUUAGGCCUUAAAACAGGGAUACAGACCAUCAUAAGUUCCGGGGACCACGAUAGCAUACGUUCUCCGCUGCCCACAGAUACCAAGGGGAUUGUGGUGAGGCAGGUUUGGUCCGUUCGCAACAAAGAAUCCACUGAAAGAAGUCCUUAAUUUCGGCAGGGAAUAAGGUCUAGUGGUUUGCAGGCUACAGGAUAACCUAAUAACAGAAGUUUCUCCUUGACAUUCGUGAAUAUAUCCAGACAUUAUCUACUACUGGAUGGCUAUAUGGACAACAGAAGAAGACUAGAACGUGGCCAUAGUAAUCUCCCUCCUGUGUGGUAGAAAUGCCGUGCCGUCCCUAAAUCCCCUUAUUAUAUCCCGCCUAUCUGACAAGAGUGUCAUCUCGAGAAUCAUCCUAUCCUUGUCGCCCAUGAAAGGUAAGUUCUCAAUUUAUAUCCUUGGUCUUCUGACGAUAGCUGCAUUUAAUUGUGUCAUAGAACAGCAAAGUACUGUUAGGCACCUCAAGGAGAAGCUACCUCACCUCGUUAAAGGUCCUGUGAGGUUGGUGUGUGAUGGGGACUAGGGCCUGAUCUGGCGGAGUAAGGCACUUCUCAGGCAGCUCUCUACCAGCUCUCUUCUGGGACCCCGUACUUGAC